AUGACCUUUCAGCUUUGUAUCCCCGAGAACCUUGAGUUCCGCGACUAUAUCGCCAUCGUCCAGACGGCGCGCGCUUUUGCCGACGGGUAUGAUAUGAAGGAUGCGUUGCGUCUACGCGCCGUAGUUGGCCCCCACAUCGAAGUUGACUACCGACUCGUUUCAGAAACAAUCCCGAACAAGACUUAUAACCCGAAGGAAUUCAUCGCCGAAUUCCUAUCACCCGGGCUACUGGGCAAUGAAAAAUUGCUUACACAGCACCUACUGGGUCAAUGUUACUUCAAGUCUGUCUCGGCAAGCGAGAUUGUGGUCCAGUGGCAGCAGAUUGCCGGUCACGGGAGAUGGAUCGAAGGCUCCCACCCCCUGAAAAAGCAAGUGGAUAGAACAAGCGAUGGAAAGUCAUAUAUGGAACAGAGAUAUAUCAAAAUCCAUGGAUGCUGGAAGAUUGUGGGGUUGAAGCCUUCGCUGCUGUAUGAGAUUGGGGAGUUUGGGGAUGUUGUUGCUGAGCAGUGA